CUAAAUACCUUAUUAACUUAUUUUAUUCAUUGGCAGGGAAAAUCUGUUAGUCUAGAACAGGUUGAGGCCCUAAGUCUUGGCUCUAUAUUGGAGCCUAUAGAGAAGCCUUGCUUUACAAGUAAGGACUUCACUGGACUAGUAAAUCUAAGGUAUCUCCGAGUGGAUGGUGAAGACCUUGCUGGGGAUUUUACAAGUGUUCUGUUAUCCUUAAGUUGGCUUAAUUGGCGUGGUUGCCCUCCGGAUUUCAAACCAACUAAUUUUCAUAUGAAGAAUCUGGUCAUUCUUAAUCUAUCAAAUAGUAGCAUCACAGAAGAAUGGGGGGGUUGGAAACAAAUCAAGAUGGAGAAAAAGUUAAAAGUUCUACUGGUGGAUUAUUGUUGUGAUUUAACGAGGACUCCUCCAAACUUCUCGUCAUGUGCACAUUUAGAGAUAUUGAAUUUUGCACACUGUGGAAGUUUGGUCAACAUUGACUCCAUUGACAAUCUAAAGAAUUUGAAAGUGCUUGAUAUUUCAUAUGUUGCUAUAGCCAAGUUGCCUGAUCAAAUUAACAUAUUAGAGAAUCUGGAAGUACGGAGAGGAUUUGGAUUGGGCAAUCUGGAAGUACGGAGAGGACUUCGAUUCGGCAAUCUAGAAGUACGGAGAGGAUCUCGAUUUGGCAAUGUGUAUAACAUGGAAGAGCGGAUUCAGGAAUUGUCAAUGGGGUAGGCUAAUAUUCUUUUGCGUUGGCUAAUAUCAAUAAUAUUUUUUUUUUUUUGGCUGUGCUAAAAUUAGGCAUAGUAAAGAAAUUUUUUUUUGGUGGUGAGCACACCUAAGCCCACUUUGGAUCUGCCGGUGGUAAUAUGAAAGGACUGCAUCUUUGAGAUGCUUGAGGUUUUAUGGUUCCAAAAUUCGAAGCUUACCAGCUUGCAUUUCGGGUUUUGACAUGCUUGAGGUGAUCGUGAUAAUGUUGUGGAGAUGCCCACAGAUAGUGGGAAAUUAUCCAAAUUGGAAAAACUGACCUAUGAUGGUACCAAAUUAAGUUUAUACCAAAAAAAUAUUGGUUUCCUUUCUCAGCUGAAGGUGCUCCUCAUACGAUCCUGUGAGGAUCACCAUUGUAUAUUGGAUUUACCUCAACUCUAGUUGAGUUCUCUCUUGCGAUUUGUGAUUCAAUGGAAAAGUUGUCAGAUGUAUCAAAUUUGAAAAUUUUGUCAAAGAGUGUCGCGAUAAGCCCAAAAAGGGUUCAAGGGGCUUGGAAAAUCACGAUCGUUGACAGGUUUGUAUGAAUAAGCCGGGAAGAUGCUGCGCGCAACCUCUGAAAACAUGCCCGAUUUGUCAAACUUAAAUAAGUAGUCAAUAUUAUGUAUUUGUAAUUGUUCAGAACUUGAUAAGAUGGAAAGGCUGAAGUAUUUGAAUU